GAUGAGAUCACGUAACAAAAGCAUAUAGAAGCAACAGUAUACUGCUGUUUGAAUCGUUUAUCGUUGUAUAGUGCGUAUUUCACAUACUAUUUAAGUAGUAUGCAGUAUACAGUGUAGAACGUACUACUAGUAAGUUAUUCCAUAGCAAACACAGCCAAUAAUUCAGAUCCCAGAGCGGACAUGACCUCAUCUGAUAAGGUGCGAUUGUUCAUGAGGAAGCCCUGAAGUAAGCAUUUAUUAAUCUAUAUUUCUUCCCAUUAGACUUUAUAAACACUCGUAUAAUUCACUGGGAAAGAGUUUGAACACUGAAUUCAAGUCAUGGCCUGCAGUUUGCUGAAUGUUUGAAUCCCGUGCGUACCGCCUUGUUUGUGGGUUCUCCUCAGGGAAACUCAAAACUUUCCGUGCGGCGAAACAAACAGGAAAAGAGUGGCAGCGUUACGCACCGAGGGAAAGUAUUCCAGCAAACACUCAGUAAAACGCGCCCCACGGGCGUUAUUUCCUCGUCCUGACUGGAUGAAGGGGGUCCAGCCCUCCUGGGCUUCCUUUCUUUCUCCUUCCAUCUCUCAGCAGCGCACCAACCCGAUCUUUCAGCAGGAGUUUGAUGUGUGAAUUCUGGGAAUCCCUCGGCACCGCAUGCGUUAUUGUUGCCAAGACACUUUUCUCGCGUCCUCGGGUUUCCGUAAAUGUUCAAGGAAUGGAAAAUAUUCUGUUGGAAUUAUAAACGCGGGGUCAAACGGGACACAAGCAGAUAAAGUCGGAGGUUUUGGAUUCCGCGGCUUGGUUUAUAUGAACCUGUUCUCCGGAUCUGCGGACGCGCUGCGCUGCGGUGGAAACUCGGGGUCCAUGUGGCGCUUCUGGAUCACGCAUCAGCGGACGGUUCGGUUCCAAAUCAUGUGGCUGCUCGUGUGCUCCUUCAUGGCGGUGCUGAGCGGUGAGAAUUACGCCACACAGGCCCAGGUGAUGUCCUCCAAAGCGCUGAGGGCUUCAAACACCCGCAGCAAUGUAACAGACAGCAAUCGCCUCACAGACUUGUACCGGAAGGAAGAGGUCAUAAUGGUCAAAGGCGGAGGUCAUGUCCAGAGCCCGCGCUUCCCCAGCUCUUACCCCCGCAACCUGCUGUUGUCAUGGAAACUGCUCUCACCGCCCCACACACGCAUCCUGCUGGAAUUCGAUGCUCAGUUUGGACUGGAGGAGGCAGAGAAUGGAGUCUGCAGGUAUGAUUAUAUUGAAGUUGAGGAUAUUUCUGAAACCAGCACCAUCAUCUGGGGCCGCUGGUGCGGUCAGAGAGCUCCGUCACAGAUCACAUCCAAAACAAACCUCAUCAAAAUCACCUUCAAAUCGGACGAUUACUUCGUAGCAAAACCAGGAUUCAAAAUCUGCUAUUCACUGCUGGAGAGCGCACCUCUUGCGUCUCUGACCAACUGGGAAGCAGUUACAGUGAUGUCAGAUUUCAGGGAGGUUUCUGGGACGGACGCACCGCUGUCUGCGAGCACGCUGGACAACGACAUCGCCAGCGUCAGCACGGUGGAGGAGUUACUGAGACACAUGAACCCCUUCACCUGGCAGGAAGACCUGGAGCAGCUCUACACACACACACACUACUACAGACCACGAACUUUCCACACCGACCGCAAACACAAGCUUGAUCUCGACCGUCUCUAUGACGACGUGAAGCAGUACAGCUGCACUCCGCGCAACUUCUCGGUGAAUCUCCGCGAGGAGCUGAGGGAGACCAAUGCCGUGUUUUUCCCACGAUGCCUCCUGGUGCAGCGCUGCGGGGGAAACUGCGCCUGCGGCACCGACAACUGGAACUCCUGCAGCUGCAGCGCCGGAAAAACCGUCAAGAAACUACACGAGGUGCUGAAGUUUUCUCCAGGUCCGAAUUUCUACAAGAAGAAAACACGUGCUCACUGGGCUCUGGAGGAGAUUUACCUGCAGCAUCAUGAGAGAUGUGACUGUGUGUGUCAGUCCAGACCACCGCGAUGAACACACACACUCGCACUCGCACUGUACUCCAUUCAGACAUACAUCUUCAGGUCAUACUUCCACAUAAACAAAAACCAUAUUAACAACACAAGACACACACACUCGUCUUCAGUUUUCUGUCCAGCGUUGGGAGACUCUCUGACAUGUAGCUUCUCUGUUUCUGUUUUAUUUUUAUGGUUUAGAUGUUAUUGUGUCCAGUAAAGUCACAUGGAACUCACCAAUGGAAUGUAAAUUAAUAUUAAUGAGGCUUUUGCUCUCUGAGACCAAUUAGAAGUCAGAGCUCCCUGAGGGGGCGGAUCCUCCACCAAUCUGAUCCAAUCCAGUGUUAUUUAUUAAAAGAACUGUCUUUGUCUUUUUAUAUCUGUGAUCAUGCUGUUGUAUGUGGCUUUUGUUUUCAUAUUCUCUUUCUUGUCUGAGCAUAUUGGAAUGAAUCUCAUAAAAACUCAUUUAAAAAUUAAUUUCACCCCAAAAUUAAAAGAAAGAAACAU